AUGCAAUUCCUGAACAAACUUGGUUGUAUAUUCCUGCAAGACUAUUUUGUCAAUGUCAACCCCCCUCCGUGCCUCACAGUCCCUGAAGUGCUGUCUGAUCCUGCGCUGGCAACUAUCCAUCAGGCAUUCAGGCACAAUGAUGGACUCAUCAAAUCUCUGUUAUGGAGAAACGUGUCGCCGGAGGACCGUGAGAUCUUUGAUAUCCACGACACCUUGCUGGCCGCCUGGCAGGUGCUCCAUCUUCGCCAUCAGGCCGUUGGUGACAAGCUGAAGGCUGAAAUCUGGAUGAACCUCUUUGGUAUGGCUUUCACUCCUGGUCCCGAACAGACCGCAUCCAGCACUAUUGCUUCUGUUCAUGUGGACACCCGACACCUCUUCAAGGCCCGGCUACCAAAGACCAUUGAGGACAUCGUGAACAUCAUUUGUAUCAAUGCCCUGUCUGUGAAUCUCCCUGACAUCUUUGCCAACGUCAUGCACGACUUGGCUAGCUGCAAGGUGCUGACUUCAGAAAUCGAGUGUUCGGUCCUUGGUCGCCAGAAGCCUUCCACUGUUGCCAAUGCUGUCUGUGUUCACGCGUCUUCUCACCAGUCCAAGGCCUCCGGUGCGAGCAAUGGCAAGAAAGAUGGUCACCACCACAACCACACUUUCUUGAGCUACUGGUGUAAGGUCUGCAAUGCCUCCCCUUGUAUGAAGAAGGACCAACCAGGUGCCGUUCUGGUUGCAUGCAACAGGGAACCUAUGAAGUCCCCCAAGAGCUCUGCUCUGGCUUCCUGA